AUGAUUGUUGGAAAAAUUCUGUCAUUCACAUUGGCAAGAGCACGAUUGGUUUCCUGUACUCAGCCUCAAUUAUUAAAUCAGAAACAGGACUUGACCCUGUUCCUGUUGGUGUGCAAACUAUCCAAUUAUCAUGUUACAAAGAAUAUUGAAUAUAUCUCUCAAGGUAAUAAAAUCAAGAACUUUGACGAUCACAUAAAACAUUUCAAGAAUACCGAGAACAGACCUCUACUGAUUAUGCUGACUUGGCUGUUGUCAAAACGCAGACAUGUUAUGAAGUACGUGAAUCUUUAUACAGAACAGGGUUUUGACAUUGCAUUAGUAACAAUGACACCUUGGCAACUAAUGUGGCCUACAAAAGGUUCAAGGGUAGUUGCUGCAGAUUUAUUAGAUUUCUUAAUACAGCAUGAAAGUUACCAGCAAAUAUUGUUACAUGGGUUUUCAGUGGGCGCGUAUAUGUGGGGAGAAAUAUUGGAUUUAAUACAAAGUGAUCGCCAAAAAUAUGCUCAUUUAAUCGAUAAAAUUGUCGGCCAGAUCUGGGAUAGCGUGGUCGAUGUCACUGAGUUAACAGUGGGUACACCACGUGCUGUAUUUCCAAAAAAUGAAAUGUUACAAAGCAUGUUCCAAAAAUAUCUAGAAUAUCACUUAAAAACAUUUCAUAAACAAUCCACUCAGUAUUAUAUACGAUCUAGUCAAUUAUUUCAUACAAAUUUAGUACAUACUCCGGCAUUAUUUUUCAUAAGUAAAACAGACAUUGUCGGCACGUUAACGAGUAACUUCAGAGUACGCGACCGAUGGGACACUUUGGGUGUAAAGACUUACGUCAAGAUAUUCGAGAAAUCGCCACAUGUUGGACACUAUUAUAAAUAUCCAAAAGAAUAUGUUGCAGAACUUUAUGCUUUUUUAAAUAAAUUACAAUUAAUUCAAAAUGAAGAAAAAAUGAGAGCACACCUCUAGAUAUAUAGUUUAAUACUUUUCAUAGAUCAUUAAUUUGCA